GUCCUACAUUGCGCACCGCGCGUCAUAUAGGCAUUUCAACCCCACCCCUUCUUUCAUAUCCUCUAAUGCCAGACCCUUCUGUAGUUUUAGCAAUGCUGUUCUCUGUCAGAUAACCAACCGAAAGAACAGCAAAGAAUACGCUCUAGCAAAGACGAGAACGGGCGUUAAAAGCCGUUGAACGUUUUAUCAUCGUAUCCACGAAAGCGGCACAUGAAAUGAACAUUGAAAUGCAUCUAGUGGUUUGUGCUUUGGUCAUCCUUACCAGAUCAUCGCAGACAAAGGGUCAGAGCACUGCUUUGCCCCCUGUCUUCAUCCCAGUUGCCCUCCAGCGUGAGGGUGUGUCUACUGCAUCCCAAGCCCUCCCAAUUAUCAAUGAAGAUGGGGAUCCGGGGCCAGAGCCAGGUCCUGCCAAUCAGACCUCACCAGACCAAGCGGAUAGAGCCCCAACCAAACCAGCUGUUACCAACAGCGACAAGCUGCACCAAUCAGAUUCUGUUACAGACGCUGGUGACAGCGAUGACAUGGCUGUGACCAAUCAGAUGACCACAUCUCCACCUGCACACACAGUCAACACUGUUACCACCACCCAAGACAAUGCCACUCUCGCAGCCGCUCCAGAUGGCUCCUCCUCCUCAUCCCCUGUGAAGAGCACAUCCCCUGCAGGACUGCCCUCCAACCUAGGGGACACUACUAGCCACCCCUCCACCCUAGGGGGCACUACUAGCCACCCCUCCACCCUAGGGGGCACUACUAGCCACCCCUCCACCCUAGGGGGCACUACUAGCCACCCCUCCAACCUAGGGGACACUACUAGCCACCCCUCCAACCUAGGGGACACUACUAGCCACCCCUCCACCCUAGGGGGCACUACUAGCCACCCCUCCACCCUAGGGGGCACUACCCACCCUGGUUUCGCUGUAGGCCACCUCACCACCUCUACUCCUCCUGCCUUAGAUACCAACCUACUUCCAUCCCAUGUUUUAAUACCGAUCCAGUCCUCUGUCCAACCCAGCACCCUUGCCCUGAUCCCUCCCCCAACCCAACCCCUCACCAUGGAGCACCCCCAGACCACUGCCCCAGUCCAUGUCCCUGUCAGCCCGCCUCAACAGGAGGUUCCAUCGGAGCUCAAUGUUGGAGAUGAGGACAAAGGGCCACAUCUCCACUCUCCUCUGGACCCUGUGCUGGCUGGCCUGGUCUCUGUCUUCAUCGUCACCACAGCCGUAGUCUCUGUCAUCCUCUUCCUCAAGUUCCGCCAACGGACCGACCACCCGGACUUCCACCGGCUGCAGGAUCUACCCAUGGACGACUUGAUGGAAGACACGCCACUUUCCAGAUACACUUACACUUACUGAUGGAAACUUUUCAUCAACAACAGUCAACCUUUCUUUUAACACAGCUACACAGCAGACACCCAAUGGGCUGCCAUUUUGGAUCCUGGCAAAGCUUUUGACUGGACUCGAGGCCCUCCGCCAGCGCCCAUGUUGACUCCCUAUGAUUCCCCCUUCUGAGCAGUUUCCAAUUUGAUUGUGUUCUGUUAACAAUGAGAGGGCUUUCAAUACCCAAUGAGGAGUUUCAAAUCUAGGCCAACAUGAAAGGUUUCAACAUUAGGCCAACAUCAGAGGUUCCGUUUAAACAUUAGGCCAACACCCUCAAUAUUCCCUUUGAAACUCUUGGACGUCUCAUCUGCACAGGGGUCUGUUUUGUUCUUCAGAGACGAGUUCCCUUUGUAAUGCACCCCCUCCUCCUGAUACAGGUCAUGCACAGCACAGGCUGCACUUUAAUGUGUUAUAGAAACAGUCACAGUGCUCUCACAGUCUCCAAAGCCCCUAAAUGAGUUGGUACUGUAUGAAGAAGACACAAUGCCACGUUGGAUGUUGUUGCCUGAGUCCAGGAUCGAGGGAAAAUGGAAUGGGAGUGAAUGAUGCUUACUGUAGAGGUACUUGAUUUAAAUGUUUAUCAGUCUCCAAUAAACCAUGUUAUAGAACUAUUCUAAUCAUUGAACUGACCAAAUAUGAUUGAAGUGCUCUUUCAAACCAGAAUGCCUAGUGGGUUGAAAAACACCCAUCCUUGGUCUUACUUGAUAGCCAGUAAACAUUCUGUAAAUGUAACCCAAAACAGUCAGAAAAACAGUCAACCAACGAAUGCAGAGAAGCUAAUUUGAUUGGGGGUGUAGAAAGGCAGGGGCGGCUGGUCCAUUUUUAACCCAGUGGGCCUGUCUAACUUGGGGGGGUUUUUUGCGCAAAAUGAUGAUGAUCUGGCUAAUAAUGGGGGCCUCAAGGUAAAAAAAUGGGCUGGUGUGUUAGAAAUACCAGUGGCCAUUUCUGGUCUCAGUCCACUCCUGCAAAAAGGAGGUAACCUCCAAUAAGCGUGACUUGAUUCAAAGCCAUAUAGAUACAGAUCCAAUUCAUAGACUACUUUGAGGAGAAAGGUUAAGGGUUAAAGGUUCACCAAUGGUGAUGAGACGGCGGUGCUUCAAGUGGAAGUGAUCAGCUAAUAAACAUUGUUAAACACAAAUGGUGCAAAGUAUAGUAUUAUCAAAAUGUAAAUGCAAAAUGUAUGCUUAGUAUUUCUUUACAAGCCAUAGGAAAUGAUGUAAUUAGAUAUUUAUUAACUAUUUACUUGAUAUUUCUGAGUGUCUCAGAAAAGGAUCCUUAAGUUAAUUGGAAAUAAUAAAAUGCAGAAACAACAGAGUAUGUAUUAGAACUAUGAGAUUUUAAGUUACAUUUAGAUUGAAAAUUACCUUAAGAAAAUGUAUUUUUGUCGUGCACUGCAACAAAUUAUAUUUACAGUGUUUAAGUGUUUUACUUGUGAUUUACCUGUAAGUGCCAAAAGUGAUGUAAGAGGUUGACAUACAGAUGCAGGGUUAACUGUAAAAAAUGAACGUUAUAAGGACUUUUUUAAAUAAUAAAACCUAAACCCUU